AUGAUACCCCUCCUUCUCACCUUGACAGUGGUCAUACUCUUCAUGGAUGUGGGUGCAACACCUUUCCUCCAUGCCCUUAUUGUGGGAAGCAUAAUCAUUUGACUAUUAAGUGUUGGAAGUAAUUUGGUAAGCCCGCUUCCACAUAGUCGAUGAUCACUUCUCCAACUCUAGCAUCUCCUGCUCCAUCUCAUGUUCCAACUCCUAUCUUCCACAUGACUUUGACACCUACAGAGUAUGACGCCCUUCAUCACGUUAAUAGUACUGACACUUUCACCUCUACUAGUUUUCCCUUACUUCUGGCCUCCUCCACGCCAAGUAUACAUGCUCUCCUUGCUUCCUCUUUAACACUGUAGAUUAUUGAUUUAAGGGCCUCCACCCACAUGACUAGUAUCUCCACUAUUCUCUCCUCCUAUCAAUCUACCCCGACCCAUUCUCCUAUCACCAUUGCCGAUGGUCGGACCUAUCUGGUCAAAGGUCAUGGUGUCAGCUUGGCUUCUCCUUCCCUUCACCUUACCUAAGUUUUCUAUGUUCUUGGUUUUCCUACUAAUUUUCUUUCCAUCAGUAUUAUUAUUCGUGCCCUCCUUUAUAUAAUCACAUUCUUUUCCUUUCACUAUACUUUUCAAGAUCUACAUACCAAACAGAGGAUUAGUUUGGGCUGUGAAAACGAGCGGGGUGUCUACGAACUUGUUUCUAACAAACCCUCAUCUAGCUUUCAGACCCUUUUUGUUGCUUCUACAAUUACUUUUCUUUUGUGGUAUUGCCAUUUAGGUCAUCCUUGUUUCUCUAAAUUACAAAAAACCUUAUUGUGGCUUUCUUUCUCAGUUUAUGUGCGAGUCUUGUCAAUUGGGCAAACAUCAUCAUACUUCCUCCAUCUCGAGCCAUUGCUAUUACAUCAUUUUAUUGAUGACUACACUUGUAUGAGUUAGGUCUACCUCCUCUACGACUGUUCUGAGGUCGUCACCAUGGUUACCCAAUUCAUCACCGAAGUUAUCACCCAAUACAUAACUACGCCCAAGAUUCUUUGUACUGAUAACAUUCUUGAGUUUGUCCAAAUAUUUUUUAACAUCUUUUGCGAUGAUCAUGACAUUCUUCAUCAAACUACCUAUCCUCACACUUUACAGUAGAAUGGUGUUGCCAAGCGCAAAAAUUGCUAACUCCUUGACAUCACUCGCAUACUUCUUCUUGAGAUGAAUGUCUCUCACUAUCUCUAGGUUGAUGCCCUUCUGAUUGUCACUUACCUAUAGAAUCAACUUCCCUCUACUCCUCUUGGGGGGGGCAUUCCUCUCUAUCGUUUAAUCCCUGAUUCUCCUCUUUUUUCUCUUCCCCUUUGAGUCUUUAGAUGCACCGCCUUCAUUUAGGAUUCAUUUCCUUCUCUUUCUAAACUCACCCCUCGUACUCUUAAAGGGGUCUUUGUCAGCUACUCUCACUCACAAUAGGGCUAUUGGUUAUACUUCUCUAAUACUUGUUGCCAUGUAACCUCGGCUGAUGUCACUUUUCAUAAAGAGUUUCUUUUCUUCUCUCCUAUUUUGACUCCUCCUCUUCAGACCAUUAUGUCUCCUCCACCUAGGUUAUCUCCCUUGAUGGUUCUUGCAAACCCUCUCUCUUCUCUUCCCUCUUGUCAACUCUCUUUAGAGUCAUUACUCGCGCCUACCUCUCUUUGGCCCAUGUCUCCCACGACUCCUACUCCAAAUGUCAUAUCCUCAUCUUCUUCUCUUAUGAUCCCCUCCACACCUUUGGUCACUACUUCACCUGAUGACCUUCAUCUCCCAAUUGCCUUCUGUAAAGGUACACGUGCUUGCACCCACCAUCCCAUCUCCCAGUUUGUCUCUUAUGAUCGCAUUUCUUCUUCUUUUCAUGCCUUUGCCCUCUUAGUGGCCUCCGAGGUCGCUUCCAUGGUCGUAUGUUGAGGCCAUACAAGUACUUACUUGGAAGGCGGCCAUAGAUUUAGAGGUAGCUGCAUUGGUUGCUCGAGAGACUUGGGAUUUGGUUUCGUGCUUGACCAAUGCCAACAUUGUGAUGUGUAAGUGGGUGUUUACCAUCAAGUAUCACCUAGAUGGCUCAAUCUCUCAUCACAAAGCUCGUUUGGUUACUCGAGGCUUCACGCAGGCAUAUGGGAUCGACUACACUAAGACGUUCUCUCCUGUCAUCCGCCUCAACUCCGUCUACGUGCUCCUCUCUCUCAACGCCAAUCAUGCAUGAUUUUUCCACCAAUUAAAUGUUUCUAAAGCCUUUCUCUACGGUGCUCUCACGGAGUAAGUCUUUAUGGAGCAACCUCCUAGAUAUGUUGCUCAUGGAGAGUCAUCGAAGGUAUGUCUCUUGCGACGUGUCAUUUAUGGGCUUAAGUAGAGUCCACAUACUUGGUUUACUAAAUUUAGUAGUUUACUCACCACGUUUGACUUCACCUCUUGCACUACGGAUCUCACCGUGCUCACGAAGAAGACAAAAGAUAGCCUUAUCAUCUUUAUAGUCUAUGUCAAUGAUAUUCUGGUGACUAGAAGUAAUGAGGCUGACAUUUCUGUUAUCAAAACUUACUUAUCGUAGCACUUCAGCAUUCAUGACUUGGGGACUCUACGGUAUUUCCUUAGGAUUGAGUUUAUGUAUCAAGACAGGAAGGUCGCCCUUACUUAGCGAAAGUAUGCCCUCGACAUGCUUUAGGAGAUAAACUAUCAUAGUAAUUAAAGCUUAGGUAGAUCAAAUUUAAAAUUUAAAAACUGGAAAUUGUCAUAAAAUUUACUAGAUAUAAUAUUGGUAAUAUCUGGGUCAAUCACGAUGAUUGUUAGAAAUUUGAAUGUAUGAUUGUAACAAACAUAACUAAGAAGAAUGAAUGUUUAGACGCGAUGAUUGGAUGAGAAUAGGAGUAACUCACGAAAUGAACCUUAACUUAUUCCUGAGGAUGCUGCACCUAUACCCACGAGUAAAAUGAGAGUGACUGACCCUUAAGAGGGUCACUCUCUUCUGUGUUGUGGUAGCCAUCACCUACUGCAAGCUUGAGCAGGCUAUACAUCACACGAUGGUGCUCACCAAGAUGUGCCAGAAUCCACGGAUGAUUGUUCCUCAAUCGUACUUCAUUGGAGGAUGAAAAAGUAAAUGAGAAUUCCACUAUACUAUAUUUCAUAGGGUGAAAAAGGUAGAAAACGGACUCCAAAUAUGUCUUUGGAGCGAAGAGGAAGGGGGACAACAAACUUUCUUCAGAGGCUCGACAACCUUCAAAAAGAGACUCUAACAAGAAUAUUCCACUCAAGAAAAGAUCUAAAAGAGUUUUACUCUUGUUUGCUGGCAUCCCCUUCCUCGUAAAUGAAUUGCCCUAAUUUUACACCAUAAAGGAGUAUAUAUGAGGUGGUUGUGCUGACAAUUUCCCUUCUCCCCUCCGUCGGUCUACUCUUGCAAAGCCUCACAAACGAUUGAGAUGAGUUACGAUUCCUAAAAAUUAGGUUAGCCAUCCUUUCUUCCUUCAGCCAUUUUGACUUGGUACGCCACAUUCUCCAUUGUCAUUUCCUGCAAUUGAUUUUCAUUACUUAGAAAGGUGCUCAUAUGGGACCCACAUGAGAUAUUUUAAAAGGCUUUUCAUCACUUAAUCUCAUGUGAGAUAAAGUGACACCUUUUGAAAUAUCAAACGUCCCUCUCAAUAAUACAAAUUAGACAUAAGUCCAUAACGAAUAAGAUCCUCCUCUUUCAUCCUUCAAAAAUUUUGAAAUAUCAUCUAAUUAAAUUUCAAAUGAUAUUCAAUUUUUUUCACUACUUUAUACAGAUUUAAAACUAGUUUGUAACCAAUAGUUCAUACAAAAACACAUUUAUAUGUAUAAACACAUUUUCAAAUUUAUAAUGGGCUAAGUUUGUAAAUCACAUUUCAAGUAUAAAUCAUGCCUCUUACAUGGAAGUUAAUCAAUUAAUAAUAAUAGUGUAUUAUAUUGAAUUCAAGACAUGAUGCUUGCUAAAAAUAAUCAAACUAUAUAUAUAAACUCUAAAUUAUAGAUUAUAAAUGAACUAUUAUUAGCCUUCGUGGGUGCAAGUCAAAGACUUCGUCAAUAGAAGCUCACCCAUAGUUCUGGGACACUUCAUCUCCCCUACUCGAGGAUGCUAAUUGAUAUCGGCAAUUGUUGGGCAAGUUGAUAUAUUUCACCGUCGCUUGUUCUGACAUUGUGUACAUAGUUAGUGUCUUGAGCCAGUUCAUGUAAGAACCUCGAUGAGUUCAUUGAGAAGGAGUUCUACGAGUCCUCACCUACAUCAAGUGAUCCCCAGGGAAAGGGCUCAUCUAUCGACAACACGGCCAUCUUCGUAUUGUAGCCUACUCUGACGUCAGGUAUGCAGGUGACAAGGACGACUGAAAGCCUACUACGAGUUAUUACACAUAUGUCGGCAAUAAUCUAGUCACCUGACAGUCCCAGAAAUAGAGGGUGGUGUCUUGCUCCAAUGCGAAAUUCGAGUAUCGAGUCAUGGCUGAGAUAGUGUGAGAAAUGAUACGACUUUGAUCACUUAUUGACAAUCUCAGCAUUACUUCUCCCUCUCUAAUGCUCAUACAUUACGACAAUCAAAUCGUCAUUUUCAUUACUAGUAAUCCCACCUUUCAUGAGCAUACAAAGUACAUUAAGAUCGACUAUCACUACAUUCAAGAUAAGAUUAUGUCUAGACUUAUCUCUACUCUUCAUGUGACAUCAUCUCAUUAGUUUGUAGACGUCUUCACGAAGAGUUUAGCCGGCAUAUCCUACAACAUCAUGUGUACUAAGUUGAAUAUGUUGACCUUAUAUGCUCCAACUUGA